ACGGAUUGUUGAACCUUUGCCAUUAUGGUCAAGCCACUGACUUUCAAAGGGGAUAAGCCCAAAAAGAGAAAGCGGACAAUAGCAGCCGAUGACUCCGCUCAGGGACCAUCCAAGGAGCUGGUCACCGAAUCUUCUUCGGCUGUCGCUGCUGACGAUGACGAUAGCUGGGUAACAGCUGAAGCUCCAGGCGACAUUGCCGGCCCAGUCAUCUUCACAUUGCCGACGUCGCCGGCGACAUGUCUAGCUUGCGAUGCUAACGGCAAGGUGUUCGCAAGCGUAUUGGAAAACAUUAUUGACGGCAAUCCCGCUACCGCAGAGCCUCAUGACGUUCGACAAGUAUGGCGAGCCAACGCCGUUGCAGGGUCAGGGACGUGGACAUUUAAAGGUCAUCACGGCAAAUAUCUCGGCUGCGAUAAGUUUGGGGUUUUCUCUGCGACAAAGGAAGCAGUGUCUCCGGAAGAAGCGUUCAAUUGCAUACCCGUACCAGAUGCGGCUGGGAUGAUGAGCCUACAAACUCAGCGUGACACUUUCCUCACGGUGAACGAGGAGGGCAAAUCGGGGCCUGAAAUCCGCGGGGAUGGCGAGACGAUUAAUUUCAGCUCCACGCUACGGAUCAGAAUGCAGGCCAGAUUCAAGCCUCGACUUAAAGCGAACAAGGAAGAGAAAGCAAAGGAGAAGAUUAGCCGAAAAGAGCUCGAGGAGGCUGUUGGUCGGCGUCUCAACGAGGAUGAUGUCAGGCGACUAAAGCGGGCAAGACGAGAAGGCGACUAUCACGAGGCUAUCUUGGACGUGCGCGCAAAAGGCAAGCACGAUAAAUUUGCAUAAUUCUACAACUUUCAACAUUAAUGUCGAUAUCAUUAUGCCAUCCUUUUUUUAGCUGUAAGAGCGCGCUAAGAUGCACCCUUAUUUAACGCCAUGCGUGCAUACUUGGCUUUAUGAUAUCAUUCAAUAUCAAAAUGAAAAACAAAAUCAGCCUGAUU